UUGUUUUUUACUUGUAUUUGUGCAACAUGUAUAUUUUCAUUUGUAUAGUUUUUUAUUAGAAAUUUUCUUACUAACAGAUAUUUGACUGCUUAAAAUUAUAAGUUGGAAAAGAUUUAAGAGAAGCAUAUUGAUUUACAACAAUUUAUGUAGAUAAUGGCUUCAGGGUUAGGCACUAUUGAACAGGAAUCACAAAACAGAUUAGAUAUUUUAUUAAUUGGUAAAACUGGGAAUGGAAAAAGUUCUACGGGAAAUUCAAUACUAGGUAAAAAACCAAAACCCUUUCAAGAAAGCUACAACAGUGCUUCUAAAACCAAACAACCAGCGUUUGACAUGUGCGAAUUUAUGGGUCAUGAAAUACAAGUGGUUGAUUGUCCUGGUGUCAUUGACACGAAUCUAAGCAUCUCCGGAGGAAUAAAUCUAGUGCACAGUGCGUUAAAACAUGCAAUGUUAACAAACCCAUACGGUUACCAUGCUUUUCUAGUUGUUAUUAAAUUUGGUGCUCGAUUCACAUUUGAAGAGAAUCAUGCUGUCGGUAUUCUUAAGGGAAUUUUAGGUCACGAUUUUCUGAACAAAUACGGUGUAAUUGUAAUGACAAAUGGAGACAGUUUCGAGCAUGCAUGUGAGGAAGAUGAUACAUUAGACCUUAAAAGCUAUUGCGAAAAUCAAGACGGUGCUUUUCGUGAUCUUCUGCAAGAAUGUAAAAACAGGAUUGUCGUAUUUGAUAAUAUUACAAAAGAUGACAGUAAAAAGAUGGAACAGAGAAAGAAAUUGCUGGAACUGCUUCAACAAAUUAAUUAUAAUGGCGAAAGAUACACAAAUGAGCAUUUUCAUGCUGCACAAAGGCAGUAUUCAUAUAUAAUAGGCCGCGAGACAUCAAUAGUAAAAAAAGAAGUUGUAAAUGAACAAAGUUUGAUCUUAGAUAAAAUUAGAAAAACCGAAACAGUAGAUAUAGAGAAAAGAAAGCAACUGUUACUCAACAUUUUACAGUGGAUUGAUCUCUUACAAAAUAGGAUAGCAAGGAGCAACAACACAGAAGCUUUAGAGCCUUUGCAAGAAAAUAUAACCAAAACUCGUCAUCUUGUUGAUUCGUUAUUGAAAAAUGCUGAGCCUGAUGAAGAAGACAGCAUCAAUAUGACCGACAUUGAAGCGGAAUUCAUUGAAAUAAAAAGAAAUCUCGACAUUAGUUUUUUUGAAACAAUCAAGUUCUUUUUACAGAGAUGGUUCCCUUUUUUAUAA